AUGUACAGUGCUGGGCUGAUUUUAGUGAACGCUAUCUUCGUCGGUUGGCAGACAGAACACUUGGCCCAGACCGUCAACACAAAUGAUCAGGGAUUUGAGCGCACGUUCUUCUAUGUCGCACAGAUCAUGUUCUUUGUGGCAUUCUUUCUGGAUUUGGUCAUGCGCUGGCUUGCAGAUGGGUUCCUGUUCUUCAUCUGCAGCGAAGAAAUGUCGUGGAACCUGCUCGACAUUUUCGUCGUGGCCAUCGGCUGCAUGGAGGUGGUCACCGAGACGCUGGUUCUUGCAGGAUCUGAGACCGGAGCUUUGAUGACGAACUUUUCGGUGGUGAGGAUGAUCCGCGUGCUGCGUGUGGUCCGCAUAGCAAGGGUAAUCCGAGUCCUGAAGGCUUUUCGAGAACUUCGUCUGAUGGUGGCUUCGAUUGUCAGCUCAGCCAGAAACUUGCUUUGGGUCGUCCUGGUGCUCUGUGUCAUGCUUUACGUUUUUGGAAUCACCUUCACCAGCGCGGUGACGAUGGAGCUCGAAUCGUUGCCCAGGGAAGCAGUCGGCGCUGAAGACCUCAAGAAGUACUUUGGGUCGCUGUCCAGCUCCAUUUUGACACUCUACAGCUCCAUGUCCGGAGGAGAAGACUGGACAGUGUACUUUCACGUCCUGGAAAUGCUGCCCUGGCCAUACCAGCUUUUAUUCCUCUUCUUCGUGACUUUUGCCCUGUUCGCCGUUCUCAAUGUCGUGACAGGCGUCUUCGUCGACACGGCGAUCGAGAAGAACCAGUCGGACAAGGAGCUGGCGGUUCAGGAGGAGCUGCGGAACAAGAGGUUGCGCAUGAAUUGGAUCAGGGAUGUUUUCAGCGAGCUCGAUUCCAGUGGCGAUGGCACCGUUACACAGCAGGAGUUUGAAAGUCAGCUGAACCACGAGGCUGUCAUCGCCUAUUUCAACACGCUGAAGCUAGACGUUAGCGAUGCCAAGACCCUCUUCCGCCUUCUGGACAGCGAUGGCUCGGAUGGUGUCAACAUUGACGAGUUCGUCUCCGGCUGCUACCGUUUGUCUGGCGAGGCUACCACGCUCCAUACUCAGGUCAUGCAGAUGGACGUCAAAGACAUCCUGAACAAGAUGAGAGACGUCCUGGAGAUCUUGGAGGAUAUGCGAAAUCGACGUAGGGGCAGCCGACCUUCCCAGCGUGAGAGCCUGCAUUCGCAAUUGCAAUUUCCCAUUCAACAGACCAAUCUGAGAGCGACAAGGUGA